CCAAUGAAACAACAAAUGCAAAAAAGGACACACACAGCUGUUUCUCAUCACUGAGGGAUUUGGCAAAUGUGGCCCGAGGCACCUCCUUGGGCCAGGGAUCACAGGCUGAAUUCGGAGGGGAUGUGAAAGGGGUUUAAGACUACACAUACUGAGCCUUCAGGCACCGUCCAGCGAAGGACAACUGGAUUAAGAGAUCCCAGGAAUAGAUGGGGAAAGGCACACAGAAGGAGAAAGUCGAGCCAGAGAAGCUGCUUGAAGUCCAAAGUGAUGCAGAGAAAGGAGCAAAGUCAGAUUAUGCCCACGACACCGUUUUCAAAAAUCUCUCAGCCCGUAAAGCCAGAGCUGGAGUCACGUGCUUGAUCAGUAUCAUGACCAUCCUCAUCCUCACCCUGAUAGUAGCUCUGGCAGUGGUAAUGUCUCGUGUCCCCGAGCCUCUUCUUUCUGAGCCCUGCUGCCCGGACGGCUGGGUCGGGUACCGAGGGAAAUGUUACUAUUUCUCUGAAGCGGAAGGGAACUGGGAAUCCAGCCAGCACAACUGCUCUUCCCUCGGUGCCUCCCUGGCUGCGAUCGACACCCCACAGGACCUGGCUUUCCUGAUGCGCUAUAAGGGACGCACUUACCACUGGAUCGGCCUGCGGCGGGAAGAAAGCCAGCCCUGGAAAUGGGUGGAUGGGACAGAAUUCAACAACAUGUUUGAGGUGAGGGGAGGAGGAAGCUGCGCCUAUCUGAACGAUGUCGCUGUCAUCUCCUCGAGGUGCCAGACAGAGAAGAACUGGAUCUGUAGCAAACCCAGCCUGCAUCUGAGGAAGGACCAGAAUGGGCUGGAACAGAAGAGGCCUUAAAACAGAAGAGGCCUUCGGCUCAUCCUCGCCGAAGGCAGCCAACAGACCUGUAUCCCGUGACACUCACCGGGUUGCUUUCCCUGCUACGCUCGCUGUGCUGUUGGGAUGUAAAUGACCAGGGCCAGCGUAAGGAUAUUUUGCACCCUAGGCAAAACUUCCACCUUGCCUCCCCCCCCACUCCUGCCCAGGCUGCAGCCAGGUGCCCCCACUCCCGGAUGCAUACAGGAAGAGGUCCCCAUGCCCCCCCCCCGCUCCCCUCUCGCCGCGCUCUGUGGCUCCCGGGAGUGUGAGCUGCCGCUGUUGCUGCCCCUCCCAGAGCAGGCUCAGGGCCCAGUGCCUCAGCAGUGGCUCACAUGCCCGGGAGCCGCAGAGCCCAAGUGCAGCGAGGUGGGAGCUGGGGGGCGCACGGGGGCCUCUGCCUGCAUACAUCUGCUGCAGCCUGCAGGAGCCCCCGGGGAAGGCACCAGGCCGCAGCCUGGGCAGGAGGGGCAAGGGGUGUAGCUGCUCCCUGCUAGCGGUGCUGCUGCCUUUGCAGGAUUCCUGACCCUCUGCGCCGCACUGGCUCCUCCAUGGCUGGGGCUCGCUGCCCCGCAAGCCGACGCUCUGUCUCUCUGGUCUCUCCAGAAGACGGCUCCUCCCUGCCGAGCCAGGGCACUGCUUUUUGGCGCCCCCAGGGCCGUCCUUAGGAUUUAUGGGGCCCUAUGCAGUAUUAUUAAACUGGUGCCCCUAUGCCCCAUGGCAGCCUGAGCUUGCAGCCCGGCGGGGGGGGGGGGGGAGCACGCGCACACAGGGCAGAGGGACAAAGCAGAAAGAAUAACAAGAUGCCCGGCCCGCCUCACUGUGGCAUAGAGUCACAGUUCCCCGCAGAGACCCUGUAACGGGUUGACUCACCCUUGCGGCGCCUCCUGCUGGUGACGCCGGGAAUUAGCUCGUUCCAGUGUCCAGAACGCCCUCUGCAGGCCGGUGACCUGCCUUCCAGCUACUGGCGCCCAUGUCCCUCGCAGGACCCCUGUGCCCCUUUCACAUGGGGUGCUGCCUCCUGGCAGUAACCCCUUUCUCUCAAGCUCUCCCCUCCCCAGGGAACCCCCACCCUCUAUUCCCACCUUGCCUCAGUGUAUGGCUACUGCCAGUCAUUGUCUAG